CCCCCAUAAGCCCCCAUCCUUCGGUCUUUCGCAACUUUCACCCUUUCCGUCGCACUGCGGACGUGUUGAGCUCAACCUCAGGCACGAAGCCGCAGGGUCAUUGCCCGGGAACUACUGUUAGGUAGUGAGUAGCGAGAUCGGCCAUCGGACCUCGGCGCGCCUAUCACCUGUGCGCAAAAAAUAAACAGCCCCGCUGCGAGCUCACGUUCCCAAGCCGCCUCGCACGCAGUACUCGCGGUACUCACAUUAAUUCUCCGCAGCCACCUUCGCCCGUUGCUUGCACAUCUCCGUGCACUCUCACGCCGCGACCUCUCCACGCCCUCCGAGCCCUGCACCGCGCAACUGCAUGCCCAAGACACCACAACACGCCCCCCCGCCCGCGCCUCUCUCCCCAGCAUGAGCUGGCUCCUCACCCUCAGCGCCCUUCCCGUCGCGCUCGUCAUGCUGCUGCGCCUCCUUGCGCUCGUGCUGCCCGGGCGCCUGGGCCAGCAAGCUUCCUUCGUCGCGUUCAGCAUCACCGCGUUCGUGCUGCUCGCGCUGUGCGCCAGCUACGGCGUCGUCGCGAGCGCCGCCCUGCGCGUCGUCGGGUACGGCGGCCUGGGCCAGUGGACCACUGGGCGCGCGUUCAAGUGGACUAUGUGGCUGUGCACAGGCGUGACCUUCCGGGUGGACGAGGUGGGCGGGCGCGCCGAGGGGGGACGACGCGGCGGGAAGGAGGCGCUCGAGACGCGGCCCGCCGUGUUUAUAGGGAAUCACCAGACCGAACUCGACGUCCUCCUCCUCGGCUGCAUCUUCCCGCGCUACUGCUCCGUGACCGCCAAAGCCUCGCUCAAAUACACCCCCUUCCUCGGCCAGUUCAUGGCCCUCAGCAAAACCGUCUUCAUCGACCGCGCCAACCGCGCCACCGCCCGCGCCGCCUUCGACGGCGCCGCAAACACCAUGCACACCGAGCGCCAGUCCGUCUUCAUCUUCCCCGAGGGCACGCGCUCCUACGCCGCUGAGCCCGCGCUGCUGCCCUUCAAGAAGGGCGCCUUCCACCUCGCCGUGCAGGCCCAGGUGCCCAUUGUGCCCGUCGUGUGCGCGAACUAUACGCAUGUCUUGGAUAUGAAGCGCAAGGUCGUCAGGCCGGGCGUCGUGGAUGUCAGUGUCCUCCCCGCCAUUCCGACAAAGGGGUGCACGGCCGCGGAUGUGGACGCCCUGGUCGAGCGGGCGCGCAGUGCGAUGAUGGACGAGUUGGUGCGGUUGGCGCAUGUGAGCAGCGGCGCGGCAAAUGGGGGGGCAGCACACGUCAGCGGUGUUGACAGCGGGCGCGCAGAUCUGCGGCAGCGGAAGUAGGAGCGCGCGGCGCACGAGAGGAAAAGAUGAUGAACAGCAGCAUCAGUACACGAUACAUUCACAUACCCUAUCAAUGCAUCCCUCAAUCAACACACCCUACAACUUCGCCUUUGCCUCGUCCCUCCGCGCACCACCCCACCCCCCUGCCUCAAGCUUACCCCAAACCUCCCCUUCCAUCUCCUCUAGCCUGCUCACAGUA